AUGAUCGAUCAAUUAGUCAAGGGAUUUUAAAAAAUUGAUAGAUUUGGAGCCAUAUUUAGACCACCUAUUGUAGAUAUUCAUCCGGAAUAUAGGUCGGUUCUAGGAGGAAUUGCUACACUUAUUUUAUAUGGAUCAAGUGUAGCAUACUUUUUGUAUCAAAUCAUUUAAUGGCAAUCCAAUUAGUUAUUACCAAAAAUCACUCAAAUCUAGAUUUCUUAUGAUGAAAAAUACUAUAAUAUUGAAGAUCAAUUAUCCUCGUUUUACAUAAGAAAAAAUUUCAAGACUGAUUAAAUUGACCCGUUCGACCCAGGAAACAUCAUUUUGCAGCCGAUCCUUUCUUAAUUCUCAAAUUAACAACUUGUGAAAUCCUAUUCAUUUUAUUAUAACCAAAAGUUGGAGGACUAUGAUGUUCAUGAAGUUAUUUUAGAAAAUAUAGAACUAAACUUAAAUACGAACAAAUCAAGUGAUAACCCAUAAAUUGAAUACUUAUUAUCCUUUGGGACAUGCAUGGAUAUAUAUUUGUUGGAAGGAUAGAAAUGUGCAAAUGAAUCCUUGGUAAACACUUACAUGAAUCAAAGGAGUCAUGCAUUGAUAAUGAAUCAUUUUGUUAAGGAAUAUAACUCGAAAUAAAAACGAAUAUAAAAUGUAAAAAAACAAUACUUAGCAAUCCUUACUAAAAAUACAACGCUCUAUUUCUAAAAUCAAAUCAGAUUAUCUAAAACACAAAUUGAUGAUGGCUUCUUAUUCCCUUCUAAUUCAAAAAAAGAAUUCCCUGUUGAUACCAUAAUUAUAUCUUAAACUACAGUCCCUGAUAGCUUUUAAAACAUAUUCGGCCGACCAACUUACUUGGUUAUGGCAUAUGGUUUAAGUGAAGUAAUACAAGAAUAGUAUAUCGAGUAUCCAAAGAUAUCUGAAGUACUGGCUGAUAUAGGAUCUAUUGUUUCAAUUAUCUUAGUUUUGUCAUACUUAUUCAUCUUUUUUAACGAACACAAUUUGGAAAAAGAAUCUGUUUAAAAGGUCAUUUAAAUGUAUUAUCCUGAAUUUGGUAAUAUCAAAUUUAAGUAAAAUUGGUAUGGCAAAAUAGUUGAAGUUAAAUAGAACAAUAUUCUAAUAGAAAAAGAGGAAUUCUUGAUAUUCUAUAAUAGGCUUUAGAAAAUUGCAACGAAGAAACUCAGCAUUACUAACAUUUUAUACACUCUGUCGAAGUUACAAUUUCUAUUGUAAUCAACUUACAAUGUAGAUAAAAUCAAAUUGGCUCAUAAAAUUGGAAUCAAACUAAGGCAAUUUUCUAAGGCUAGCAACAUUGCAUUAAUUCAAGAAUAAUUGAAUUUUUAAGAAAUAUCUAGAAAUGAAUCCAAAGAACAAAUCCAAAUUCAUGAUGUUGCUAACAUCAAUCUUAAUGAGCAAAACAACAAUCCAAAUUCUAUGGUGCGGCAAGAGACUAUCAAUAAAGACAAUUCUAAAAGCAUCUUUUUGAAAUUAAAAGAAGAAUAUCAUCUAUUGAGUGAUGAGGAUUUCCAAUUUUUCACGAUUGAUGAACCUAUUCUUAUUGAUAAUGAUAUCUAGAAGUCAGAUACAUAUUUUGAGAAUAAUUUUAUUGAUCUUUGA